AUGGCCUUCGUGACUUACAUCCUGAUGUCUUCGCUCAUUGCCGGCCUCCACGGCAACUUCGAGCCUCAGAUCCUGGGCCUCACAUUCUCCAACGCCUUCGCCAUCAUCUGCCUCGAACUUGUUGUGCUGUGGCUGGGUCGCUACUUCCUCAAUAUCAGCUCCGAGAGCCAGAUCUACGAUCUGGUCGCGUACUCGGGAUACAAGUUUGUGGGUGUGAUUACGACAGUGGGCGUGAGUGCAGUGUUUAACGCAGGAAAGGGCACCGGUGGAUGGGUUGGGUGGGGUGUAUUUGGAUAUACCUUCAUGGCUAAUGCUUUCUUUUUGUUGCGGAGUCUGAAAUACGUCCUUCUCCCUUCCGACAACACACCCGGCAACCCGAGCAUGCAAACAAUUGCACGCGGACAGCGGAGUCGGAGGACGCAGUUCUUGUUCAUCUACAGCUAUGUCGUGCAGUUCGCAUUCAUGUGGUGGCUCACUGCGUUAGACAUGAGCGGAGCUGCUCUGAAGGUCAAGGGCGGCAAGUGA